UAAUCAAUUCUGUCCCAUUUUUUAAGAUAAUACAACAUUAAUCCUAACCAAAAUACUGAAGAAAUAAAAGAGAAAAUAGCAGAUAGCAUCUCCAGACAAGCCUCUAUAAAUUAUACCAUCUUCUCACAGCAGCAGCAGCAGCAGCAGAAGAAGAAAUGGGUGAAAAUGGCCAUGGACAGGUGAUGAAAUCUAGAGUUGUGAAAGUAGGGUCAGAGAAAUCAUGGGAUUUCUUCAUCACUCAAGCUACCAGUAAAGGGUGCCCUGUUGUAGUUCACUUUACAGCUUGCUGGUGCAUGCCCUCUGUAGCCAUGAAUCCUUUCUUUGAGGAGCUGGCCGUAAAAUAUCAAGAUGUUCUGUUUCUCACUGUUGAUGUAGAUGAGAUUAAGGGAGUGGCAAGGAAGAUGGAGGUGAAGGCCAUGCCAACAUUUAUGCUGAUAAGGGAAGGAGCUGAGGUUGAUAAGCUUGUGGGUGCUAACCCUCAUGAGAUCACCAAAAGAAUCAAUGCCUUCAUUCACUCUAUCAAUUCUCCUAAAACUUAGUUAAGGCAUCAACAUCUUCAUGCUCUUUCAACCUUUUUUAUAUAUGUAUGUUUCUGGUUACAUAUGGCUUUUGAGUUCUUGUUGGAAAAAUAUGCCAUGUGUCUAAGAUUUUUUUUUUCUCCUUUUCUUCAAUGUUUACGCUUACUGAAUGUAAAUAUGUAAUUAAUAAGACUCCACUUCUAUAU